GUUCCCACCCAACUCUUCUCCAUAGACAAUUAACUUCAAUAUAUUUAUCACUCUUACUCUUCCGUUAGUCCAACAGAGAGACAAUAAUCCUACUCCUACACAAAAAGGGACAUGUCCCCUUGAACAAAUGUAAUUUACACAAGCAAAGCAGAAAUGAUGUAGAGAGCUACCCAUCACUUGAAAUUUGUUCUUGUCCAUUGCACGUACCUGAGAGACUCUCGAAACUUUAGUUUCCCAAAUACCCAAUCUGAAAGUUACUCUUUCUUUUUCGUGGUUCUUAUCAGUUUACAAUUUGUUCAUGAAAUUUGACAACCAACAACAGAACCAGUUUCUAGUUUUCUUAACUCAUUCUUUGUUAGCUAGAUGUAUACUACAGAUGGAAAAGACAUGAUGACUAUGUGAUGCAGACAGGUAAUAAGGAAAGCUCACGAAAGAGAAAGCAAGUAUACACAAUAAUAACACCGGCCAAAUUAACAAGAAAGUCGCACCUUUCAGACCAAAUUAGAAUCAAGAGGAGGAAAUCUACAGCGCUAUUCUAUGGAUAUCAUAUACACAGAGACAUGAGGAAGACAAAUAGAAAGUAGAAAGAAAAAGGAGAACAGGGGUUAUUAGAAACCUGGAAGCAGAGUGUCUAUGGACAGCAGGGGUCGAUGCAGGGGAGAGGCAGCCGUGACCGGAGAAGGGAGAAGGGAGACCUCACCGGCCGGCCGUUGCGCUCGCCGGCAGGAGCGGGGAACGAGCCGCCGAAGACGACGACGACUAUGGAGACGGGCGACGGGGGAGUGGCGUCGAGCGAUGGCGAACGGCGACGACGUCGAGCGAUGGCGAACGGCGACGGCGUCGAGUGAUGGUGAACGACGACGGCGUCGGGCUACGGGGAACGGCGGCUGCGGAGGAGGAAGCUGCUUCUCCUUCGUGUCUGGCUGUCUACGCGAAGAGGAAGAAUGAAAUUAGGGUUUCAGCACAGUAGCCUCCCCUUAAAUUUUCGAUAUUUUAGUUUUUUUUUAAUUAAAGCAACCGGCCCAAAGGUAAAAAACCGGGCGAGCGGCUCGAGCGGUUAACCGCUUCGGCCGCUCUCCGGCCGCCCCAAAUAACCACUCCGGCUAAAUAGUUGAGUCGAGUCGGUUUUAUGGUCGGGUGGCGGUUUUGGCGGCUCGGCCGGCGGGCUCGGCUCGGCUUUGACAGCACUGCUAAUUACUAAGAAAGAACUCCCGAUUCACCUAACGUGAGAAUGUAUUCUUUUAAUAAAUAGCCUGAAUCGACAGGGAUUUCCCAUACCCAGUCAGGCAGUAACUAGACUAGAGAAAAAGACAGCAACAAGAUAAGCAGCAGAGGGCCCUGAUUUAAGGCAAUCAGAUUCCAAAACAUCAACCUCAAGCCAAGAUGCACGACACAUGUUAAAAUCGAUAAACUAAUACUUCCCAGCACAGGGAGCUGACACGAAGUAGGGAAAGAGAUUGGCUAAGUUCAGUUCUCCCUCUGAAUCCCGCUAAGUUAACAGAUGGUGGAAUGGGCGUGUCAAAAGUGGCCUCCUACAAGGAACGAUUGAACACAAACUCUAGCUAUAGCCUCAAAGAGAUGAAACCCAACACAAACUCUAGCUACAACCUCAAAGAGAUGAAACCCUAGGAUUGUUCGUUGUGAUAUAGACCAUCGACCAAGAUGAUUUGUCACCACGGGUGAAGCAAGGAAAACUCGAAGAGAUAGAAAGAUCUAUAUAGUGAGAAAGGAAAUUGAGUGGUGGAGCAAUUACCCUAAAUUCACGCCUUCGUCGGGUGACACUUGACGACGACGGCGAUGACGAAGUGUGCCGCUGCAGCGCCGCUCUCGGUCACUCGAUCUUUGUUCGUCAAGUAAACAGAAACAAAGCCCUAAAACUAUGACGACUUGCCUGCCUCACUCUCCAGUCUCCACCACCGCUUUUGACUUGACCGCCCCCUUCCUAGAUUUCCGAAACGUUUCACAGCAAUAAAAUACCGUUUUUUAAAUAAAAAUUAAUGUUUUGUUAGAAUACCGUACAAAAAAAAAAUUCAAACUUUAUGAUGUGAUAUCGUUGGCAUGGCAAUGAGACGGGUUUGCCUAAACCAUCUUAUAUAUACUAGCUUUGUGCCCGGCCAUUGGCCAGGUUUGGCCGGGUUAUUUUUGUUAUUGAUAAUUAAUUAAUUAUUAAAUCAUUUCAGUUAAUUAGUAUUUUAUAAUUAUGAGACCUCUUAUAUCCAUAAAAUAUGUAUUUUUUAUCCGUAGAAGUUUGUGUCCGUGUUCCAUACGACUCACGACAUAGAGUCCAAGUUGUCUGUCCCAAUAUAGUCAAAAGCGAGUUUCUACGUAGAAACGUUUUGGUGAUCUAGAAACGUAAAAUCGUAAGUUUUUAAGUUUUAAAGCGGAGUUUUUAACAACGUAAAUUAAAAAAAUUAAGUUAUUAUGUAAAAGCGUUUUAGUGAUCUAGAAACGUAAAAUCGUAAGUUUUUAAGUUUUAAAGUCAAUUUUGACUACAUUGGCCUGUCCCACUAUCUCGCAGUCUCAUGUUUUAUUUCAUUGUACAUGGAAGCAAAGGUUGUCGUGUCAUGUUAGAGUUUCAUCCCAGUUUAACAUGUAUGAGUGGUUAUAUACUGCGUUGAAAAGAUCAAAAGGUAUGGAAUACCUUGAGUAUGAAAAAUUAUAUCUAGACCUUGAAUUGAUUGGAGUUUGGCAUAUGAUACUAUUCUCAAACCCUUAAAGAUUAAAAUCUAGGUCUUAAUUCUAUAAAUCUCAAACUCUAAGAUCACUUUCAUUAGAAACAAAAAUCGACGGUCAUGAUUCGUCGAAAUAUAUACAACAAAUUACAUUCACAAUCUUAGAGGUUAGGCUCUAUGAUUUAGAUAACUAAUACUUAAGGUUCACUCAUCAAGAGUUAGAGUAUAGAAUAUAUCAUGCCAAAAAAUCCGAUAAAUUAGAGGUAUAGAU